AACUUAAAAGCUUUUUUAAAGUAGAUUGAAAAUUAAAAAAUAAAAGUAAUAAAAAUUCGAUAACGGGUAACGAAUGAUACUAGCAGCUGACUUUACUGAAUAUCGAUAUGCCGAUAUUUUAGUUUUGACAGUUCAGUCAAUCGUAUUCUGAUAUUUUUGUAGUUUAGAAGAAUUUCGUUUUUGUGUUUGGUGUUAUGGUUAGAUACAUCGUAUAAAUUUAAUCGUGAGUUGUGGGAAAUUACCACGUUGUUCAAAACAAUUGAACCACAAACUUUGAAGGAACUUUAAUAAGUUGUAUUAUAUUCUUAAAAAAAAUGAGUUAUCUAAACUGGUUAACAAGAAGGGAGUCGGCACUGCCUCCAAGAUUUAAUGACACAAAUAGUAUAAUGAAGCGCAUAUAUUCCUCGGUAGAACCCUAUCAAGAAUGGAAAAAUGAAUUCGGUGAAUUCAAUAAAUCUGAAUUUGGAGGAGUAUUUAAUUUAGAGUUCUCUCCUGAAGGAAAUAUUGUAGUCGCUGCGUGCGAAAAAAAAUGUGUUCUCUUAUUUGAUGCAGUAACUACAAAUCAUACACAUAAAAUAAUGGAGGCACACACUGACCGAGUAAACUGCGUCAAAUUUUUGAAUAACCGUAUGUUUGCAACAUGUUCAGAUGAUACUACAGUGGCGCUCUGGGAUAUACGACAACUUAAAAGGAAAGUUCGCAGCUUACACGGUCAUUCAAACUGGGUUAAAAAUAUAGAAUAUUCUACUAAAGACAAUUUGUUAGUUACAUCUGGGUUUGACGGUAGUAUUUUUACAUGGGAUAUUAAUGCUCUUACAGAGCAAGGACUUAUAUAUCAAAAAGUGUUUCACACAAGUGGCUUAAUGCGUUGUCGAAUAACUCCAGAUGGUACUAAACUAGUUAUAUGUACAACCGGUGGAUUUUUGAUGAUUGUACAUGAAUUGGAUUUAACAACUUUGCACAAAGAUUUGUGCGGUUUUCGACCAUUAAUUUAUCGACUUAUGCAAAUGGGAAAUCAGUAUAUACCACAAGCAGCGAAAUUUGAGCAUGUUUUUUCCAAAAAACAAAAAAAAAAUCGAGUCGAGUUAGUCACCGAUUUUCCAGAUGAAGAUGAUGCAGAAGUAAUUUUAGCACUUCAGAUUGAUCCGCAAGGACAAUCGCUUCUUAGCCGUAAUAUAUGUCACGAUGAAAACUCUGAAUGGUCUUGUGUUCAUGACAUUAAUGAGGAGCCGUUUGACAUUACUGAUCAAGUUCAAGAAUGUGGACAAAGAAAGCGAAAACUAGGUAGUGAAGCAGAUGAUGAAAGAAGCGAAGAAGAAACCAGUGAUUCUCCAGAUGAUGUUCACUUUAAUUUUAAUCGUAGACGUCGUUUACGUUCAGCAACUAGUCCAAGAGUGGUAUCACCACCGCCCCCUCCACCAACAUCAUCUAAUGUUUUAGUACCUCAAAAUCGAUCAGAAUUAUUUGUUCCGGAUAUAUGGGCUGCAGAAGUUACAGUGCAAGAGCGAGCAAUGCGCCAGACCCGUUCUCGCAGUUCAAGUUCAGUAACUGGAUAUAGUUUUGUUUAUGCUAUAAGCAGCGGCGUCUUACCAGCAACUGUAAAUCGUACCGCAAAUUCAAGUAAUAAUCCUGAAAUUGUUAACAGAAGAUAUGUCGCAAAUAGUUCAUCUGAAGAAAGUCGUUUACGUCCAGGUUCUCCAAAUAUUCUAUCGCCCCCAAGUGGACUAGUUUUCGUACCUAGAGAACCACCUACUGAACAUAGACCUAUUCAUUUAACACCAAUGCGAACUAAGGAACGAAAUAUUGUUCAAAAUGCCAAAAAGCUAAUGUACUACAUUCCUGAGUCAAACAAAGGAAAAGGUUUUAUAAAAGAGCCCUCUUUUUCAUCCGAUGGAAGAAUUAUAUCUUCACCAUAUGAAAAUGGUGUACGCUUGUUAGGGUUCAGUGAUCAAUGUUCAGAAUAUCCCCGCAACAAUAGACUUCAGACAGUUAAACCUGAACCUAUACCAUUGGUGGUAAUUAAAAACAUAAGUGCACACUCGGAUGUAGUAUUGAGUACCAAGUUCAGCCCUCGUGAACCGCUUUUAGUUUCAGGUUGCCUAAGCGGCAAAGUAGUUUGGUAUCAUCCUAAUUUAUAAGUACAUGAUAUAAAAUGACAAUAUAUUAAACAUGUAAUAUAUAUAUAUAAACAUAUAUAUAUAUAUAGUUU